AUGUCUUCUAUUAAAAUUACUACUGCAGCUCCAACCAUUUGUGAAGCACCAGCAAUUAUUUUUGCUCCAACAACACCAGCAGCUACAACACCUGCAGCUAUAACUACCACUGUAGCUACAACACCUGCAGUUACAACCACCACUGUAGCUACAACACUUCCUGCAGCUACAACCACCACUGUAGCUACAACACCCGCAGCUACGACUACCACUGUAGGUACAACACCUCCUGCAGCUACAACUACCACUGUAGCUACGACUACCACAGAAGUACCAACAACUACUGGAGCUACAACAACUACUGCAGCUACAACUACCACUGGAUCUACAACAACUACUGUAGCUACGGCUACCACUGUAGCUACAUCAUCUCCUGCAGCUACAACUACCACUGGAGAUACAACAACUACUGCAGCUACAACUACCAUUGGAUCUACAACACCUGCAGCUAUAACUACCACUGUAGCUACAACACCUGCAGUUACAACUACCACUGUAGGUACAACAUCUCCUGAAGCUACAACUACCACUGGAUCUACAACUACUGCAGCUAUGACUACCACUGCUGCUACAUCAUCUCCUGCAGCUACAACUACCACUGGAGCUAUAACAACUACUGCAGCUACAACUACCACUGAAUCUACACCUGCAGCUAUAACUACCACUGUAGCUACAACACCUGUAGUUACAACUACCACUGUAGCUACAACAUCUGCUGCAGUUACAACUACCACUGUAGCUACAACACCUCCUGCAGCUACAACUACCACUGUAGCCACAACACCCGCAGCAAUGACUACCACUGUAAGUACAACACCUCCUGCAGCUACAACUACCACUGUAGCUACGACUACCACAGAAGUACCAACAACUACUGCAGCUACAACUAUUACUGGAGCUACAACAACUACUGCAGCUACAACUACUACUGGCUCUACAACUACUGCAGCUAUGACUACCACUGUAGCUACAUCAUCUCCUGCAGCUACCACUUCCACUGAAGCUACAACCACUACUGCAGCUACAACUACCACUGGAUCUACAACAACUGCAGCUAUAACUACCACUGCAGCUACAACACCUGCAGUUACAACUGCCACUGUAGCUACAACACCUCCUGCAGCUACAACUACCACUGUAGCUACGACUACCACUGUAAUUACACCUCCUGCAGCUACAACUACCACUGUAGCUACGACUACCACAGAAGUACCAACAACUACUGCAGCUACAACUACUACUGGAGCUAAAACAACUACUACAGAUACAACUACUACUGGACCUACAAUAACUAUUGCAGCUACGACUACCACUGUAGCUACAUCAUCUCCUGCAGCUACAACUACCACUGAAGCUACAACAACUAUUGCAGCUACAACUACCACUGGAUCUACAACACCUGCAGCUAUAACUACUACUGUAGCUACAAAACCUGCAGUUACAACUGCCACUGUAGCUACAACACCUCCUGCAGCUACAACUACCACUGUAGCUACAACACCCGCAGCUACGACUACCACUGUAAAUACAAUACCUCCUGCAGCUACAACUACCACUGUAGCUACAACACCCGCAGCUACGACUACCACUGUAAGUAUAACACCUCCUGCAGCUACAACUACCACUGUAGCUAUGACUACCACAGAAGUACCAACAACUACUGCAGCUACAACUACUACUGGAUCUACAACAACUACUGCAGCUACAACUACUACUGGAUCUACAACAACUACUGCAGCUACAACUACCACUGUAGCUACAUCAUCUCCUGCAGCUACAACUACCACUGGAGCUACAACAACUACUGCAGCUACAACUACCACUGGAUCUACAACACCGGCAGCCAUAACUACCACUGUAGCUACAACACCUGCAGUUACAACUACCACUGUAGCUACAACAUCUCCUGCAGCUACAACUACCACUGUAGCUACAACACCCGCAGCUACGACUACCACAGAAGUACCAAUAACUACUGCAGCUACAACUACUACAGCUACAACUACUACUGGAGCUACAACUACUGCAGCUACAACUACCACUGGAUCUACAACAACUACUGAAGCUACAACUACCACUGUAGCUACAACACCCGCAGCUACCACUAACACUGUAAGUAUAACACCUCCUGCAGCUACAACUACCACUGUAGCUAUGACUACCACAGAAGUACCAACAACUACUGCAGCUACAACUACUACUGGAUCUACAACAACUACUGCAGCUACAACUACCGCUGGAUCUACAACAACUACUGCAGCUACAACUACCACUGUAGCUACAUCAUCUCCUGUAGCUACAACUACCACUGGAGCUACAACAACUACUGCAGCUACAACUACCACUGGAUCUACAACAACUACUGCAGCUACAACUACCACUGUAGCUACAACACCCGCAGCUACGACUACCACUGUAGGUACAACACCUCCUGCAGCUACAACUACCACUGUAGCUACAACACCCGCAGCUACGACUACCACUGUAAGUAUAACACCUCCUGCAGCUACAACUACCACUGUAGCUAUGACUACCACAGAAGUACCAACAACUACUGCAGCUACAACUACUACUGGAUCUACAACAACUACUGCAGCUACAACUACUACUGGAUCUACAACAACUACUGCAGCUACAACUACCACUGUAGCUACAUCAUCUCCUGCAGCUACAACUACCACUGGAGCUACAACAACUACUGCAGCUACAACUACCACUGGAUCUACAACACCGGCAGCCAUAACUACCACUGUAGCUACAACACCUGCAGUUACAACUACCACUGUAGCUACAACAUCUCCUGCAGCUACAACUACCACUGUAGCUACAACACCCGCAGCUACGACUACCACAGAAGUACCAAUAACUACUGCAGCUACAACUACUACAGCUACAACUACUACUGGAGCUACAACUACUGCAGCUACAACUACCACUGGAUCUACAACAACUACUGAAGCUACAACUACCACUGUAGCUACAACACCCGCAGCUACCACUACCACUGUAAGUAUAACACCUCCUGCAGCUACAACUACCACUGUAGCUAUGACUACCACAGAAGUACCAACAACUACUGCAGCUACAACUACUACUGGAUCUACAACAACUACUGCAGCUACAACUACCGCUGGAUCUACAACAACUACUGCAGCUACAACUACCACUGUAGCUACAUCAUCUCCUGUAGCUACAACUACCACUGGAGCUACAACAACUACUGCAGCUACAACUACCACUGGAUCUACAACAACUACUGCAGCUACAACUACCACUGUAGCUACAACACCCGCAGCUACGACUACCACUGUAGGUACAACACCUCCUGCAGCUACAACUACCACUGUAGCUACAACCCCUCCUGCAGCUACAACUACCUCUGUAGCUACAACACCUGCAGCUACAACUACCACUGUAGCUACAACACCUCCUGGAGCUACAACUACCACUGUAGCUACGAAUACCACAGAAGUACCAACAACUACUACAGCUACAACUACUACUGGAGCUACAACAACUACUACAACUACUACCGGAGCUACAACAACUACCACAACUACUACUGGAGCUACAACUUCUGCAGCUACAAUUACCACUGGAUCUACAACAACUACUGCAGCUACAACUACCACUGGAGCUACAACAAUUACUGCAGCUACAAAUACCACUGGAGCUACAACACCUGCAGCUACAACUACCACUGGAGCUACAACAACUACUGCAGCUACAUCUACCACUGGAGCUACAACAACCAUGACCAAGGCUAAAAUCCUGUACAGAGAUGAUACUUCUCACAGUUCACCGGUAUAUUUUUUCCUGUUUGUUACUGUGUAUCAGUUUAGGUCUUGUCUUCAGUAUUCUCUGGAGGCUCAGGAGUUUUUUCAGGUGCCUCCAAUGUUCUACCAAGUACCUCAACCUACUCAUCACACUAUCCUAAUACUUCUUAUGACCCAUAUCCCUCAAACGUUGAUUCAGAACUUUGUCCUAGCUCACAACUACCAAGAUAUCCACUAA